UUCCGUCACUGUGCAGCAGCGAACGUGAUCCGACCUGUCAACGGCCGGUUGGACUUUUCUUCCGCCGGCUGUGGCUCACCGUGACACGGGACUUCAUCGAGACAUGAGCCGCUGUCUGGAUGAACACCACCUGAAAUCCUGUUGAUCAUGAGUGUGACCGUGAGCGGGAUUUCAGAGGACAUGGAUCGACAGAUUUCACAGCCAUAAAGAUCUUCCAUAAAGGUAUGAGUCACUCCAGCUGAUGCCUUUUCCAGACUAUUUCCAUGGAGAAAUCAGGUUUCAGGUCCAGAAUCUCUCAGACCAGAGCACGACCAGAAAAUGUGAGCAUGGCUGUAUGUGACGAGGACACGAUGUCAACCUCGGUGGGAAUGUCAGAUUUGUCCGAUGAGAUCCUGCUGUGCAUCCUCCGUCAUGUUCCAGUGUGUGACCUGGUGAUGAACGUGGCAAAUGUCUGCCACAAGUUGCACACACUGUGUCACGAUAAGACCCUGCUCUCAAACGUCAGCCUAUCUGAGGAGUAUCUGGCUGAUGAUCUGUUGUUCCGGCCUAUAUUGAAGCAGCUAGCCAACCACGUGCAGUCUCUCAGCCUGAAUGGUUGCUACUGGCUGUCCGGCUCUACAGUGGAGCUUCUUUCACGCUGCAGAGGAGUGACGCACCUUGAUGUCACCGGCUGUCGCCUCUCUUCCCUUCGUCUCUCCCGUCUCCUCUCAUCCCUCUCUCUGCUCAGAUCGCUCGCCUUUGACGUGACAACGGGCUUCAACUCUGCUCUGCUCAGUUCAGAGGCGGUGGAUUCACUGAGUCGCCUGUCGGAGCUCAGACAGACACUGUUGACACCGAGUUAUGGUGUGGUGCCAUGCUGCGCCCAACUCCGCAAGCUGAUGCUGCAGUUCGACAUCCCAGAUGUGACCAGAGAGGGUGUUGGUGUUUGCUGUCAGUUAAUGGUGGGUCAGAGCAGUGUGCCACACUACCAGCAGCUGGAGGAGUUCACUGCCAGGCUGGCCCCAGGAGAGGUAAACCAGACCUUGCUCCUGCUCUAUCUGGCAGUGUUCAGUGUUCAUGUUCCAAAGCGCCUCAGAGUUUUCCUUGUGUCGAUUCCUGGCCCAAACCCGGCUCACUGGCCUGCUGCUCCGUCGCUGGCCCAGAGUUUAGGUCAACGAGGUGAUCUGGAGGCCCUGCAGCUCCCUCGGUCCUGGCUGGAUUCCUUGUCCCUAAAGCGAGCCCUGGAGGGAAACAGUCCGAAGCACCUCAGCUUCAGCCGCUGCCCGGCUUUGUGGCCGCAAGUGUUCCAGUCGUUGCUUGAGGGAGGAGUCAAAGAUGCCACGCAGCUGAUCAGCCUGAACCUCAGUGGGAUCAACCAGGUCCUUUACUCAGAGUGUAGGAGUGUGGAAGAUCAGCUGGUUCCUGGGACAAUGAGCCGGUUGGCACUUGGCUGUUCCAACAUUAAACACUUAAACCUGAUGCACACACACUAUCAUCAUGAAAAAUCACCCGGGCUGGAUGGAGAAACACACCUGUGUGCCAGCUUGGCCAAAUUCAAACACCUGCACUCUCUCACGCUGCCUGCCUGCGCCCUGUCAGACGGCUUAAACACACACCAGAUCUCGACCAACAACACGACUCCUUCAGCGUUGUUCCUCGGGUUAAAGAAACCUCCACGCCUGGGGCUCCAGAACUACAAGCCUGACUCAGAGUCUUCUCUGUCAAGGGACAGCACCUCAGGGCUCACUCAGCUCUUAGCUGGCUGUCCACUUCUAGAGACCUUAGAGAUCAUCGGUCCAGGUUUUGUGUCUGUGCUGCCUCGACUUGAGCCUUGCAGUCGUGCCAGCGUGGAGCCUCGUGGUAUGUGUGCGUGGGCACGAGGAGUCGGCGAUGCACACUUAGCAGCACUUGAGGCUUUGCCGCGAUUGCGUCGCCUGACUCUGGCCGGGCUUCCUGGGGUCCUUAGGGGUACGGGGCUGGUACAGCUGGCCAGACAGUGCAAGGACCUACAGGUAUUAUCCCUCGCCAAUAUGGGAUCACUAAAAACCAUGAACUACAACGCUGCCUUGUUGGACACACUUAAACAGUGCACACAGCUACAGGAACUCAGGUUAGAGCAGCCCUACCUGAACGCCAACGCGUCGUUCUUCGAGGCUCUGUCCAGUUGCUCUCGUCUGCAGCGUCUCUGCCUUAUCUCACGCAGCGGUACCUUCGACCCAUCAGCCACAGAAGACUUCAUGGAGCGAUGCCGCCAUGUCAUCAUGUGCCACAUGUUCAUGGGUGGCACCUUAGUGGCUUGUCGCACGCUGCAGAAAGCUCUGCUGGACAGAUUUACACAUGAGCGCUCGGCCCUGAGCGUUGUCAUCUAUCCGCUGCACCACGAAGACCUGCCUUCAGUCAUCAGAGACAUCCCGCUAACACUGCUGGAUCGGAUAACUUUGUUCCAGAGCCAUGUGGCCCAACCACCACAUCUAUCGCCGUUGUGACAUCACAAGAAACCUUAAGUGUGAUUGGUGCUCAACAGCUGAGGUGCUAAAACAAUUAGCACCGAUGACUGAUCGUCAUCUGCACAGCGAUUUCUGAUUUGAUUCAUCAACAACUCUUUUAGGCUGAUCUACAACAACCCAUCAGCUGUGAUUGUUUACAUUUACAUGACAGAGUAAUGAUGAUCUUCAUGCUUUCUGAUGCUUGUAAAGAGUUUUAGUUUAUUGUUCCACAACAUUUCACAUUUGGCAGCAACUGUGGCUUCUGAGUCAAGAAUCAUUUCUUCUACACAACACUAGAAUAAGUGCCAAAAAUAAAAAUUAAGGACGUGUUCGAUCUGAAACUUUGUACAGAGGACCUGAAUCAAAUGAUGUUGUAAUAAACUCCAUUUAAAUUAUUUUUAA